UUCACAAGCUCUCAGAUCUUCGAUCUACUAACCUGUACAUCCCUAUCCAAUCAGUGCUCGUCUUUUGAUCACCCACCCCCAUCGUUCCAAGACAUGGCCUUAGUAUCGGGCCCUGGUAGAGCUGGGGUUAGCCCCGCAGACUCUGAACUACACACCUCAAAGCAUGUCACUUACAUCAAGAACCUGGACACUAGAAAAGAUGAGCUGGAAUAUUGGCUGACCGAGCACCUACGACUAAAUGGUGUCUACUGGGGUCUCACAGCCCUCCAUAUUCUAGGUCAUCCGGAUACGUUACCUCGAGAUCAGACUAUCGACUUCGUCCUUUCGUGCCAAAAUGAUAAUGGAGGCUUCGGUGCUGCCCCAGGUCAUGAUGCUCAUAUGUUGUACACCGUCUCUGCCGUUCAGAUCCUCAUCACCAUUGAUGCUGUCGAUGAACUCGAGAAACGGGGCCGAGGUGGCAAGGAGAAAGUUGGGUCUUUCAUUGCAAAAUUACAGAAUGCAGACGGCUCCUUCAUGGGAGACCAGUGGGGCGAAACAGAUACCCGGUUUUUAUAUGGUGCUCUAAAUGCAUUGUCGCUAUUGCGUCUGAUGGACCUCGUCGAUGUUCCCAAAGCCGUUUCUCACAUUCAAAGUUGUGAAAAUCUUGAUGGAGCUUAUGGUAUUCGCCCCGGUGCCGAGUCCCACGCUGGCCAGGUGUUUACUUGCAUCGGUGCGUUGGCCAUCGCUGGUCGAUUGGACUUGGUGAACAAGGAUCGACUCGGGGCUUGGCUCAGCGAGCGCCAGAUCGAAAGCGGUGGUUUCAAUGGCCGACCAGAAAAACUUGCCGAUGCGUGCUAUAGCUGGUGGGUUGGAUCAAGCCUUGCCAUGAUUGACCGUCUGCACUGGAUCGAUGGUGAAAAGCUCGCCGCAUUUGUUCUACAAUGCCAGGACCCUGAUGCCGGUGGCUUUGCUGAUCGACCCGGAAAUAUGGUGGAUGUGUAUCACACCCACUUCAGCCUUGCAGGACUGAGUUUAUUGAAAUUCAAUGGCCUCCAGGAAAUAGAUGCUGUUUAUUGCAUGCCUAAGUCAAUCACUACCAAAUGCCUUGCGGGGUAAUUGAUCAGUUGAUUAAUGGAUGGAUCAAUGAUCAAUCCAUCCAUAAUGAACCCUCCCGCAAUCUAAUAACCCAACGUUCUUCUCUAUAGACUAUGGGAUACAAUGCGGGAGGAGAAUAAUAACCACGUUGACUUAUUCCGCUUCAUAUCCUCCUACAAUGGCCAAAGAGCUGUUAAGACAUCGUGG